AUGCAGACGCCUCCGGUGCUGCGAAGGUUGCGGCCAGACACUAAUGACGACGACGACGACGACGUCGUGCCAUGCGCCACAGGAUGUGUCUGCAACGUUGUCGUGAGAAAUGGCUACACUUUCAAAGCACACUACCAACAACUCUCACAACCAGAGCAGCACACUCAGCUACAGGGGAAUCAGCCGCAUCCGCAUCAGCAUCCACAUCCACAUCAACAUCAACAUCAGCAUCAGCACCCACAGCAUCAACAAGAGACGCAACAACAUUUGCAACAGACAGCGUCCAGUUCGAUGACGACGCAGAAGAGCAAACGGGAUUGGGACAUCAAUGAUGCAAUUGUGCCACAGGUGGCCGACAUUGAGUUCGAUGAGUUCAGCGAGUGGAGCGAUGGGCAUGUGCGUCUGAUCUACUCGGUGCACAACGAGGAGGCGAAGAAGCAUAUCUCCGGCUGGGCGAUGCGCAACACAAACAAUCACAAUGUCAACAUACUGAAGAAGAGUUGCCUGGGUGUGCUGGUCUGCUCGCAGCACUGCACGCUGCCCAACGGCACCAAGAUCAAUCUGAGACCGGCCAUUUGCGAUAAGGCGCGACGCAAGCAGGAGGGCAAACAGUGCCCCAACAAGAGUUGCCGCGGCGGCCGGCUGGAGAUCAAGCCUUGUCGCGGUCACUGCGGCUAUCCCGUGACCCAUUUCUGGCGGCACUCGAACAAUGCCAUCUUCUUUCAGGCCAAGGGCGUGCACGAUCAUCUGCGACCCGAUCCCAAGAACUCCAGCGUCUCGAAGCGUGCAUUUGGCCGUGUCUCCCUCACGGCCAGCAAGUCGGCAACAACAUCGGUUAGGGCGCACAAGAAGUCGGUCAUUGCCGGUUUGGUUAAGCAGGCAAAGCAACAGAAUCUUGGGGGCAAGGUGCUGAAGCGUCCAGCUGCUACCAAUCCACUCAGUCAAGCAGCAUUGGAAAUAUAUCAGUUUAAUGGCUGUGGCAAGUGCACCACUUAUAGCCACUGCACUUGUAGCUAUUUGGAGGACACCACACGCGCCCAUCAGUUGAGCCAGUCGUCCAACUAUAUGAGCAACUCCUGGCCACUGGUAGCAGCCACGGAACCAACCACGCCCUGCGAGAGCUCGGCGAAUGUGUUCACGGUGAAUCAUCAGCACAUUACCUACAACUAUCCUAUCUAUCAUGCAACUCCGGCUGCGGCAACUGCUGCGCCAAACAAAUCGCCCAGUUUGCCGUACACUUGCAUGUCGGAGCUGGCCUAUCAGCCCGCACUGAACACUCCGGCCAAUCAGUCUAGCUACGGCAAUGGCAUCGCCAAUAGCAGCUGCCAGCUGGCGUACGAUUCCAGCUCACAGCUAGCCACGCCGGAACCGGAAUUUAUAAACUACUCACAGAUAAAGCAUUUGGGCGGCGCAAAUGGCAACGCAACUGCAGCCGGAACCGAACAUAACUGCAAAAGUGAAACGACACCCACCAUUAAGUACAAUGCGACCGUGGAGACGCAACCGGUUGCGGGUUAUGAGGACAACUACGACUACUACUACAAUCGGGAGUCCAAAUCGGACUACGAGCUUCAGCAACAGUUCGCAGCGAGCGCUGUCAAUGUUGCCGGCCACGGACACUACUAUGAGAGCGCCAAUGGUUAUAAUGGCGUCAGUUACUUUGACACGGGCACAACAGCGCCAAGCAAUGGCAGCGGUACUGGUGUGAACUCCAGCACGGGUCUCGAUCUCGGUAGCUAUGGCAGCUACUACGAUCACUAUGCGAACUAUGAGCAACAGAUGGCGGCAGCGAAUGGCUAUACCGCCACAGGGGGCGCUGUUGUAAGCGCUGUCGGGCCAACUGCAGUGGCUCCACCUACACCCACGUUGACGUACCACCAUCAUCAUCAUCAUCAUUUGCAUCACUCACAGGUGGCGCAAUCAGCCCACGCAGCUCACUGAUAGAAAUUUAUAGUACUUAAUUAACGGCACUUCAACACAUUACUCAUAGUUCUUAGUAUUUA